CAUGGAGGGUUUGUGUGUGUGGGAGUUUUUGCAGUUUUACGGAUGGGCUCGGCAGCUGUUUUUCAAUCGUCGUAUGGGGUUUGUGAAUCAUCAAGCCUCGUGGUUAGAUCGGGUCUUCUAGCGACUAGUUUACCUGAUUUUGUGUGUUUCAAUACUAAAUUUCGUUAUCCGAACGGCUUGAUUAAGCAUUCUCCUUCAAUUGCUUUUCCCAAGCAAAGCCACAAGAAAUCAAUUUUCGCACAAAGAAAAAUCCUUCUUGUAAGGGCCUCAUCUUCAUCUCAUGAAUCUGCAGAAGCAGCAACUCCAAUCGCUCCUCUUGAAUUGGAGUCUCCAGUUGGGCAGUUUCUAUCUCAGAUCUUGAAAAGCCAUCCUCAUCUGGUCCCUGCUGCUGUGGACCAGCAACUUGAACAACUUCAAACUGACCGUGAGGCUGAGAAACAGAAAGAAGAACCUUCUACUUCUGGCACUGAUAUCGUCUUGUACAGGAGAAUAGCUGAGCUCAAGGCUAAUGAGAGAAGAAAGGCUUUGGAAGAGAUUCUAUAUGCACUAGUUGUGCAGAAAUUCAUGGAUGCAAAUGUAUCUUUGAUACCCGCAAUAUCCUCACUAUCAUCAUCUGACCCUUCUGGCCGAGUAGACACAUGGCCAAGUCAAGAGGAGAAGCUUGUGCAGGUGCACUCAGCUGAAGCCUAUGAAAUGGUCCAAAACCACCUGGCUCUCAUUUUGGGGAAUCGAGUUGCAGACUCUAAAACUACUGCACAGAUAAGCAAACUCCGGGUUGGGCAAGUCUAUGCGGCAUCAGUAAUGUAUGGUUAUUUCCUAAAGCGAGUUGAUCAGCGGUUCCAGCUUGAGAAGACGAUGAAAAUCCUCCCAGAUGGACUGAAUGAAGAAGGGAGUAAUAAUGGAAAUGCCAUGAUGGAGGAGAUAAGACCCAGUGGUAUUGAGGCGUCACCAGACUCUCCACAUGUUGAGCAAACCUACACUGAGGUUUCACAUGGUAACUUCAGUUCUGGGGGAUUUGGGCAUGGGAUUAAGCCGUCACGACUAAGGACCUAUGUGAUGUCAUUUGAUGCCGAGACGUUGCAAAGGUAUGCAACAAUUAGAUCCAAGGAAGCUGUUAGUAUCAUUGAGAAGCACACGGAGGCAUUGUUUGGGAGGCCUGAGAUUGUGAUCACACCUGAAGGUACUAUCGAUUCUUCCAAGGAUGAACUCAUCAGAAUAAGCUUUGGGGGUUUGAGGAGGCUUAUGUUGGAGGCUGUGACUUUUGGGUCUUUUCUCUGGGAUGUUGAGAGUUAUGUUGAUUCUAGGUAUCAUUUCGUAGCCAAUUAGUUUGUUUUGCCCGUUUGCUUCUUCUACCGUAUAAAAGGGAGAAUGUUCUGUUCACUUGCAUCUACUGCUUUUGAAUAGUAGAGUUGCUACCCAAAUUCUUAAGAUAAUCAUUUGCUUU